CUUGCCACGCAGACUUCCGCCCUGCACGGAGACCGAGGGCCGGUGGCGGAUAGCUUCGGAGGUGAAAUCGCGGAGCGUGGUGUGGAGCCACAGCCCAAGCGACAUGUCGGAAGGAAACUCCGCGGGCGAGCCCAGCACUCCUGGAGGGCCACGGCCCCUUCUCCCUGGGGUUCGGGGACUUGUCGGGCGGCGACCCGCGCCCCCGCUCACCCCGGGCCGCCUGCCCUCCAUCCGCUCCAGGGACCUCACGCUCGGCGGAGUCAAGAAGAAAACCUUCACUCCAAAUAUUAUCAGUCGCAAGAUCAAGGAAGAGCCAAAGGAAGAAGUUACUGUGAAGAAGGAGAAGCGUGAACGGGAUCGAGACCGCCAGCGUGAUGGGCAUGGACGGGGCCGGGGCCGUCCAGAAGUGAUCCAGUCCCACUCUAUCUUUGAGCAGGGCCCUGCAGAAAUGAUGAAGAAAAAAGGGAACUGGGACAAGACCGUGGAUGUGUCAGACAUGGGACCCUCUCAUAUCAUCAACAUCAAAAAAGAGAAGAGGGAGACAGAUGAAGAAACCAAGCAGAUCCUGCGCAUGCUGGAAAAGGAUGAUUUCAUCGAUGAUCCUGGGCUAAGGAAUGAUACUCGAAACAUGCCUGUACAGCUGCCACUGGCACACUCGGGGUGGCUUUUUAAGGAGGAGAAUGAGGAACCAGAUGUUAAGCCUUGGCUGGCCGGCCCCAAGGAAGAAGACAUGGAGGCGGAUAUGCCUGCUGUAAAAGUGAAAGAAGAGCCACGAGAUGAGGAAGAGGAGACCAAGAUGAAGGCUCCUCCCAAAGCAGCCAGGAAGACCCCAGGCCUCCCCAAGGAUAUAUCUGUGGCAGAGCUGCUCAGGGAGCUGAGUCUCACCAAGGAUGAGGAGCUGCUGUUCCUCCAACUGCCAGAUACUCUCCCUGGCCAGCCGCCCACUCAGGAUAUCAAGCCUGUCAAGACAGAGGUUCAGGGCGAGGAUGGGCAGAUGGUGGUCAUAAAGCAGGAGAAAGACCGGGAAGCCAAGUUGGCAGAGAACACCUGUACUUUGGCUGAUCUGACAGAAGGUCAAGUGGGCAAGCUUCUCAUCCGCAAGUCAGGGAAGGUGCAGCUCCUCCUGGGUAAAGUGACCCUGGAUGUGACGAUGGGAACCACCUGCUCCUUUCUGCAGGAGCUGGUGUCUGUAGGCCUUGGAGAGAGUAGGACUGGGGAGAUGACAGUCCUGGGACAUGUGAAGCACAAACUUGUAUGUUCUCCCAAUUUUGAAUCCCUCUUGGAUCACAAACACCGGUGAAACGAGCAGAUGGAGGAAGAUGGCAACUGUGCCCACGGCUGCUGCCUGCUCCAGACGUUUUGUUCGUUUUUGAAUCCAUGUGACCUAGAAGGGGCCUGUUUAGCCCACCCACUCCAGCCUUUGGCAGCCAUCGUCCCAGUUUUCCCCCAGACGGGGCCCACGCAGCUCCCUCUCCUGGCAGCUGUGAACAGCACAGUGACCUUCCCACAGUACGGUUAUGGAUGGCACACCCUCCCUGCUGGGGACUCAUCUCUGCUAUUUAUUUUUAUAUUUAUGCCUGAAUCUUCUCAACUGACUGCAUCCUCCCAAGGUAGGAUGGUUCAGGCUCCUUCUGGGUCUUGGGAUGCAGGGGUAGGAAGUUGAGGGGCUCCCUCCCUCCUAGGAGGCAGACAGGAGAGCAAGUCUGAGACCUGACUAGUCACUUUUAAGUUGUUGUUUUCUAUGUCCUUGGUUUCUAUAUCCUUGGACAAACUACCUAACUUUUUUGAGCCUCCUAUUCCUCAUCUAACAAAAAAAUGGGGAUAAUACCUACCUCACAGGGUUGGUAUGAAGAUCAGAUGGAAUAUUGUGGAUGAAAACUCCUUGCACAAGGCCAGAUGUGUAUAUCUGUAAGCUUUCAAUAAAGGUUAGUUUCCCUUUC